GUGCUCCCAUCCUACGCCUAUUCGAUGCCUCGAUCAUUUACUCAGCGUUCGGUGCCCAUACCAACUUGCCCCGGCCCAUCGGCAGCGCCCGAUUUUGCACCACCCUGUGCUGGAUAUGGUCCUACCCCGGGUACUCUUGGCAUCUCCCAGUUCCAUUUGCCACCGAGCACGUCACGUCCACUUCCAGUUAGCCAACGAUCGCUGAGCGACGUAGCGGGCUACGCGAUACAUCGUCCCGUAUGUUCUCCACCUGCUGCUUUGGAUCCCAGGUACAUGUUCCGAUGUAUUCCACCAUGGCAUCCACCUGAUGCGCAAAGCAAGAGUAAUUCGUUGCCUCGUCGACGCGCUGUUUCCGGUGUUACGCCCAGGACCGUGAAGUGGAGGAACGACGUCAUUGGCGGCAUAGGUUUUUAUUUUCGAUUAUUUCUUUGCACUUUUUAUCUCGAAUAA